UACUGAAGAGGAAGGCUUCAGAGCUCUUGCAUCAGCACUGAGAUCAAACCCCUCACACAUGAGAGAGCUGCAUCUGAGAAAGAAUUAUGCAGGAGACUCAGGAGUGGAGCAUCUUUCUUCUCUUCUGGAGGAUCCCAACUGUAAACUGGAGAAACUAGACCUGUCAUACUGCAGUAUUGGAGAGGAAGGCUUCAGAGCUCUUGCAUCAGCACUGAGAUCAAACCCCUCACACAUGAGAGAGCUGCAUCUGAGAGAGAAUUAUGCAGGAGGCUCAGGAGUGAAGCAUCUUUCUUCUCUUCUGGAGGAUCCCAACUGUAAACUGGAGAAACUAGACCUGUCAUGGUGCAUUAUUGGAGAGGAAGGCUUCAGAGCUCUUGCAUCAGCACUGAGAUCAAACCCCUCACACAUGAGAGAGCUGCAUCUGAGAAAGAAUUAUGCAGGAGGCUCAGGAGUGAAGCAUCUUUCUUCUCUUCUGGAGGAUCCCAACUGUAAACUGGAGAAACUAGACCUGGAUGAGUGCAAUAUUGGAGAGGAAGGCUUCAGAGCUCUUGCAUCAGCACUGAGAUCAAACCCCUCACACAUGAGAGAGCUGCAGCUGGGUUGGAAUGAAGCAGCUGGAGACUCAGGAGUGAAGCAUCUUUCUUCUCUUCUGGAGGAUCCCAACUGUAAACUGGAGACACUACACCUGUAUAACUGCAGUAUUGGAGAGGAAGGCUUCAGAGCUCUUGCAUCAGCACUGAGAUCAAACCCCUCACACAUGAGAGAGCUGCAGCUGAGUAGGAAUGAAGCAGGAGACUCAGGAGUGAAGCAUCUUUCUUCUCUUCUGGAGGAUCCCAACUGUAAACUGGAGAAACUAGACCUGAAUAACUGCAGUAUUGGAGAGGAAGGCUUCAGAGCUCUUGCAUCAGCACUGAGAUCAAACCCCUCACACAUGAGAGAGCUGCAGCUGAGUAGGAAUGAAGCAGGAGACUCAGGAGUGAAGCAUCUUUCUUCUCUUCUGGAGGAUCCCAACUGUAAACUGGAGACACUAGACCUGAAAGAUUGCAGUAUUGGAGAGGAAGGCUUCAGAGCUCUUGCAUCAGCACUGAGAUCAAACCCCUCACACAUGAGAGAGCUGCUGCUGAGUGGGAAUAUAGAAGCAGGAGACUCAGGAGUGAAGCAUCUUUCUUCUCUUCUGGAGGAUCCCAACUGUAAACUGGAGACACUAUACCUGAGGUACUGCAGUAUUGAAGAGGAAGGCUUCAGAGCUCUUGCAUCAGCACUGAGAUCAAACCCCUCACACAUGAGAGAGCUGGAGCUGAGUGGGAAUAUAGAAGCAGGAGACUCAGGAGUGAAGCAUCUUUCUUCUCUUCUGGAGGAUCCCAACUGUAAACUGGAGAAACUAGACCUGUAUAACUGCAGUAUUGGAGAGGAAGGCUUCAGAGCUCUUGCAUCAGCACUGAGAUCAAACCCCUCACACAUGAGAGAGCUGCAGCUGUGGGGGAAUAAAGCAGGAGACUCAGGAGUGAAUUAUCUUUCUUCUCUUCUGGAGGAUCCCAACUGUACACUGGAGAAACUACACCUGUCAUACUGCAGUAUAACAGAUGAAGGUUUCAGAGCUUUAGCAUCAGCACUGAGAUCAAACCCAUCAGCCCUCAGAGAGCUCCAUCUGCAGUAUAAUCAUCCUGGACCCUCAGCACAGCAGCUGUUCUCUGAACUGAAGAAACAUCCAAACUGUAAACAUCUACAAAUAACUGGACUCUAAUGAAUCCAUCCUGUUGUGUUCCACCUGAAUCAUGUUUUUACACUGUGCAUAAAGAAGUGUUGCAGCACUUUCAUAUGUGAAGUUAUAUGUUUUAAAGUGACUUAUGUAGAUAUGAAAAUUGUGAGUAAUAUUGUA